AAACCACUUGGGCUGCAGCCUGUAGCAGCAGCUAUGGAGACCAGUGAAGAAGACUAUGGACUGCAGGAAGAGGAGGAGGAGGAGGAGGAAGAGCUGAGUUCCUUCCACCUCAGUGAUGAAGUCCAAGAUCUGGAGGAGCAGCUUUCCAAGAUCCAAGUCCAUAUUCCUGAAGUUGUAUAUGAAUUUGACUGGAGUUCCAUUGACAUCUCCAAUUUGCCAGAGUCGUACAGAACAAACUCUCCCAAGGAAGAAAUGCUCCUGCAGGUGGCCAACAAUUUUCACCGACAGUAUGCGCACCUCUGCCCAGACCGUGAGCCGCUCUUCCUCCACCCUAUAAAUGAAUGUGGUGUGGAAAAAUUUGUGAGCACUACAGUGCGCCCAACACUCCUUCCCUACUCUGAGUUGUACAACUGGGAUGGCUGUGCCCGCUUUGUCUCAGACUACCUCACUAUGGAGCCCCUUCCAUCUCCUAUCGCCCCGCCCAGUUACUUGUACUCUCCCACUACCAUCCUACGCUACCAGCGGGGGAACUGCUUUGACUUCAGCAACCUCUUGUGCUCCCUGCUGAUUGGCGCCGGCUACGAUGCCUACUGCGUGAACGGCUAUGCCGCCCGGGAGAUCUGCAUGAUGGAUGAGUCGAGGGAGGUGUGCCCACUCCUGCAAAAAUCUGAAGAGGUCACGAUAGAAGCCGCGAAAGCGAAGCCGAAGAAGUACGCCAUCAAGCCUCUGCGGGAUCUGCGCAGUAAAUUCGAGCUGCGUCAGGAAGCCAAGGAGGAGGCGAUAGUGCAGGCGGCUGAGGAGAAGAAGCGGAAGGAAGAAGAAGAGAGGAUAGUGGAAGCUGAGAAGCCCAAGCCGGACACCCUGUAUGGUCUCCGUGUCCAUGCCUGGGUUCUGGUCCUUUCGGGCAAGCGUGAAGUGCCUGAGAGUUUCUUUAUCGACCCUUUUACGGGAAAAAGCUAUAGUACCAUCGAUGACUACUUUCUCGGCAUUGAGAGUGUCUGGAACCAUCGAAAUUACUGGGUCAACAUGCAGGACUGUUGGAAUGCCUGCAAGGAUCUCCAGUUUGACCUCGGGGAUCCUGUGCGGUGGGAAUUCAUGCUGCUAGGCACAGACAAGCCUCUGCUGUCCCUGCCAGAAAUGGAGGAGGAAGAGGAGAUCAUGGAAGAUGAGGUGGAAGAUUUGCUUAAAGAAGAGGAGCCAAAGGGCUUUGACAUGCCUGCUUCUUGGGUGGAGCAGAUCCAGAUCUCCCCCAAAGAAUUUGAGACACGCUGCCCCCAGGGCAAGAAGGUGAUUCAGUACAAGAAUGCCAAGCUGGAGAAAUGGGCACCGUAUCUGAACGCCAAUGGGCUGGUCAGCCGGCUCACUCUCUACGAGGAUCCAGACUGUACCAAGGUGCUGGAGGUGAAGGACUGGUUCAAGAACCGAGAAGACGUGUUGGAGACGAGAGAACUGAACAAGCUAACAAACGUGACGACUGAGUAUUUCCUUCCUGGGCAUGUCCAGGGUCUCAAAGCACACAUCUACAAGACAAUGGAGCCCGAGACGGAGCGCACGAUGGAAUUCUAUAACGAGACGCGGGUGGACGGCCUUCAGAAACGCAUCGAGACUUCCCAAGACAUGAUGGAGUAUUUUGAAGGCCGGUCGGAUUUCUUGAACUACCGGCACACUGAGUUUGGCAAAAGAAUAAAGAAGCCAGCCAACGCUCUUGCCAUCACUGAAACCAAUGCCCGGCCUAUUUUGAAAAUCACGGAGCGGUUCCACAGGAACUUGAGCAAGUCAGCCGAUGAAGAUGUAGCAGAGUGCAUCUUUUCUAUGAUGGAGGACAAGAUCUUCUUGACCUACCACUUCAAGGAGAAUUACAUCACUCCCUCAAGGCGGGAGUUUAACAAACGGUCAGAGGUGGACAGCAAGGGAAAUAAGAUCGUCAUGACUCACGAUAUGUGUAUUAGCUACCAGGCAGGGUGCACCGAAAAAGAAAAGAAAUUGUUCCAUUUGUAUGAAAUGAUGCAGAAGCUAAUGGAAGAGGAGAAGUGCUCCCGGCACCAAGUUUGGGAGUCGGAAACAGAGGUCCUGGAAAUUCUGAGGAUUCGAGAGGAGGAGGAAGCAGCCAGCAAGCUGACUGUAUCUAUUUAUGACACUGAGAGGAAUGAAAAGAGCAAAGAACAGCGAGAAGCCAUGGAGCGCCUGCAGCAAGAGGAACGCCAACGGCAAGUGGAGCAGGAUCUGGACUACCUGGCACCUUUCCUGAUCCAGAUGGGCGGAGUAGAGAAGAUGACCAAAUGGCUCGCCUUGCGCCUCAAGGAAGACUGCCUGAGCGAUUUCAAGCACCGCCUGGUUGACAAGGCCAACCUCAUCCAAGCGCGUUUUGAGAAGGAAACCCAGGAGCUUCAGAAGAAGCAGCAAUGGUACCAGCAGAACCAGCUCAACAUGACUUUGGAGGAUGAGGACGCCUACUUGAACUACUGCUCAGAUGCCAUGUUCCGCAUCCGCAUCUUGGAGCUCCGUCUCAGCAGGCACAAAGAGAAAGCGCCCCAGAAAUACAUGGCCUUAGAAGAGAAACUGUGCAAGGACCCUCGCCUGUCUGAGUUCCUCAAAUUUUAUAUUUGAGUUAUCCCCUGCGAAUUGUGCCUUGAA